AUGGAGCCCACCAUUUUGGUCACUCCAUCGACUCCUUUCGAUUUGGAAGCAAGAAAUAAAUCCCCAAUACCAAAAAUGAACCUCGAUGUUGAUAUGAAUGAGUCAAGAAGGGAAUCAGUUAGCUCAUUCACAUCAGAACGAUCACGGUCAAAGUCGCGAUCGAAUUGCUCUGCGUAUUCGGCGUCGGUAGAGAGUGGCCUUGAAACAGCAAAGAAACAAAACGGGGCGUAUCUAUUUGGACCAAUGAAAUGGUUGAGUGAAACAGCUGGUCAACUCUUCGAUAAAAGAGAAUCAAUUGACUUCUCGAAUACCUACACACAAGAACUCUUGAAACCUCUAUUCGUUUAUAUGAGCGCCCUUGGAUUGGAUCAUACCUUCAGCUUAAAUCAUUCGAUUUUUCACAAGCUCUACAAUGUGGCCGUGUUUUUACUCUUGAUAGCCUCAACGUUACGAAAGUUCACUCAAAUCGGUGAUCGAGGAGCUCAGCAAAAAGAAAUCGCACUUAAAGAUGCAAUGUUUGAUCCCUCGGUUGUGAUGACGCUUUGCCAUUGUCUUUUCAUGUUCAGUGGUUGUUCGGCGGCUUUCAUGCUACUUCUAUUUCAACAAAGGCGACGAAGAGUUUAUGAAGUUUUAGACCAAGGAAUCGGGAAAGGAAAAGCAAAAGAAGAGGAUGCUCACUUGCUAAAUAUCAAUAAAGCCUUGGUGAUCUUGUCUGGUGUUUUCUCAUCAAUAAUGGCAGCGAUGCAUUUUUUCACCAAAACUGGAGUUCUCGAAUUACCCCAAUCACCUCCACUCAUCACCAACGAUUUACCCUUCAUCAUUAUGGAGACUUAUAUAAUUUUCGUGACUCAAAGCUCAAUUCUGAUGUUGGCCUCAUUAUUCAGUCAGUUGUGCCUCAUUUUGUGUUCAAGCAUUCGCCGACUUUGCGCUGAGAUGUUACCCGUUCACGAAGAAUGUCCAACCACUGAGCAAUCGUUGAAACAAAUCCAUGACGUACAAAUUCAUUAUCAGGAGUUGUACAACGCUAAAGCAUUAAUCGAGGAAAAUUUCUCAUUUGCAAUUUUUUUCACAUAUGGUUGUUGCAUUCCGAUGAUUUGUUUUCUCAGUUACAUUUUGUUAAAGAAUUCACAUUUGAGUGAUACGACUGAAACAGUCUCUUUAUUAAUGUGGGUGUUCAACACAAUCACUGUACUGCUUUUCUUCAGCAUUCCUGCCUUUAUGGUUCAAGAGGAGGGUGAGAAGAUUUUGAGCUCUUGUUUCCGUAUGUAUCAUGAAACUCUUUGCGAAGAUCGAGAUCUGUUAGUGAUGUCUCAAAUGCAAUUCCUUUCUAUUCAAAUGCACACAUCGCGCAUCCAGUUAACAGCUGGAAAUUUCUUCGUAAUGACGAGGAAAAUCUUGCUAACGCUAAUUUCCGCGAUUUUCACUUAUUUCCUUAUCAUCGUGCAAUUUGAGUCGGAAUCAAAAGCGAACAAUCCAAAGCCACCAGCUAAAGGA